AUGCAGUCCCCAGCUGCCACUGCUGAGGGCCUCAGUGCCCCUCUUUGGGGCCACACGUUCCCCACUUUCAAGUUUCAGCCUCGCCAUGAUAGCAUGGACUGGAGACGCAUUAGCACCCUGGAUGUAGACCGCGUGGCCCGGGAGCUGGAUGUGGCCACUCUGCAAGAGAACAUUGCUGGCAUCACCUUCUGCAACUUGGACCGGGAGGUGUGCAGCCGCUGUGGGCAGCCUGUGGACCCGGCACUGCUCAAGGUGCUGCGCCUGGCACAGCUCAUCAUUGAGUACCUGCUGCACUGCCAGGAUUGCCUGAGUGCCAGCAUUGCCCAGCUGGAGGCACGGCUGCAGACCAGCCUGGGCCAGCAGCAGCGUGGUCAGCAGGAGCUGGGCCGCCAGGCUGACGAGCUCAAGGGUGUGCGGGAGGAGAGCCGCCGGCGUCGCAAGAUGAUCAGCACCCUGCAGCAGCUGCUAAUGCAGACAGGCACCCACAGCUACCACACGUGCCACCUGUGUGACAAGACAUUCAUGAAUGCCACCUUUCUCCGGGGCCACAUCCAGCGCAGGCAUGCAGGCGUGGCAGAAAGUGGAAAACAGAAGAAACAGGAACAGCCAGUGGAAGAGGUGUUAGAAGAGCUACGGGCCAAGCUAAAGUGGACCCAAGGGGAGCUGGAAGCCCAGAGGGAGGCGGAGAGGCAGCGGCAGCUCCAGGAAGCAGAGCUCAUUCAUCAGAGGGAAAUAGAAGCUAAGAAAGAAUUUGAUAAAUGGAAAGAACAAGAGUGGACCAAACUUUAUGGGGAAAUAGAUAAACUAAAAAAAUUAUUUUGGGAUGAAUUUAAAAAUGUCGCCAAGCAGAACUCUACACUAGAAGAGAAACUGCGGGCACUGCAGUCCCACGGUGUGAUGGAGUCCAACCUGGGAUCACUGCGAGAUGAGGAGUCAGAGGAGUGGCUCCAGCAGGCACGGAAGCUUCAGGCCCUGAGAGAGAAGACAGAAAUUCAGAAAACGGAGUGGAAAAGAAAAGUGAAGGAACUGCAUGAAGAGCACGUGGCUGAGAAAAGAGAGCUACAGGAGGAGAACCAGAGGCUCCAGGCCUCCCUGUCUCAGGAUCAGAAGGCAGCUGCCCAGUCCCAGUGCCAGAUCAGCGCCCUCCGUGCCCAGCUGCAGGAACAAGCUAGGAUCAUUGCCUCCCAGGAGGAGACGAUCCAGUCCUUGUCUCUCAGGAAGGUGGAAGGGAUCCACGAGGUGCCAAAGGCUGCAGACACAGAGGAGGACUCUCCGGAGGAAGAGAUGGAGGACUCCCAGGAUGAACAGCACAAGGUGCUGGCAGCUCUGAGGCGUAACCCCACUUUGCUGAAGCAUUUCAGACCAAUCCUGGAGGACACCCUGGAAGAGAAGCUCGAAAGCAUGGGCAUAAGGAAGGAUGCAAAGGGAAUCUCGAUUCAGACUCUCAGACACCUGGAAUCCCUGCUAAGAGUCCAGCGGGAGCAGAAGGCCCGGAAGUUUUCUGAAUUUCUGAGUCUGAGGGGAAAGCUUGUCAAGGAAGUCACCAGCAGAGCGAAGGAGAGACAGGAGAAUGGCGCUGUGGUGUCCCAGCCAGACGGGCAGCCUUCAGUCAAAAGCCAGCAGAGCACACUGGUCACCAGAGAGGCCCAGCCAAAGACCAGAACCCUGCAGGUGGCCUUGCCAUCCACACCGGCAGAGCCACCCCCACCAACUCGUCAGAACCACGGCAGCCAUGGCUCCAGCCUGACCCAGGUGUCCGCCCCCGCUCCACGCCCCAGAGUGCGUGGACCCUCCAGCACCCCUCCUUCCUCGGGGCCCGGGAUGAGCACACCCCCGUUCAGUUCUGAAGAGGACUCAGAGGGAGACCGUGUGCAGCGUGUGUCUCUACAGCCCCCGAAAGUUCCUUCCAGGAUGGUACCCCGGCCCGAAGAUGACUGGGACUGGUCUGACACAGAGACCUCGGAGGAGAAUGCACAGCCCCCUGGCCAGGGCUCAGGAACACUGGUGCAGUCGAUGGUCAAAAACCUGGAGAAGCAACUAGAAGCUCCAGCAAAGAAGCCUGCUGGAGGGGUCAGUCUGUUUUUUAUGCCCAAUGCUGGGCCACAGAGGGCUGCCACACCAGGAAGGAAGCCUCAGCUUUCUGAAGAUGAGAGUGACUUGGAGAUCUCCUCCUUGGAAGAUCUUCCUCUGGACCUGGACCAGAGAGAGAAGCCCAAGCCCUUGUCUCGCUCAAAGCUCCCAGAGAAGUUUGGCACCGGUCCACAGAGCUCUGGCCAACCCAGGGUCCCUGCCUGGUGAUUCACCCCAGAGGCUGGCUGGCUAGAGGGUUAGCCUGGCUGGGGCCAGCUCAGGUCCACUCCAACAGAAGAGGCUGCUGGGCCUCUUGUCUUCACAAACAACUGAGAGAUCAUCCUCUUGGAGAGAAGCAGUACAGGGAAUGGAUGUGAUGUCAUCCCUCCUGACCUGUGAGGGGCCCUGCUGUAGAGGGCCACAGGUGCCUGACUAGGAGCCCCUGGGUCCCCAGGCUUGAGAAAGGGUUAAAAUAGAACCUCCAGGUAGUUUUCUUCCUCUACCUCCACAUCCCCCCCGAGACUGAAAAGAGUCACUAGCUCUCUUUUCCCAAGCCUUUUAUAAAACUGCAGGAACACUGUGGAGAUGGGUCCUAUCUGGGGUCCUUUUGGGGACAUAUGCCUCAGUCAGUCAUUCAGUGAUUGAUCCAAAAUUAUUUACUGAGUGCCUGCCUGCUCUGCGCCAGGCUCUCUAGCCUCUCACUACUGAGUUAGGGUGCAGCCAGAGGCUGGGGCAGAAUGUCUACAGCCAGUGCCAGCACAAGGUAGUAAUCUAGUGACAGAGAACAGGGUGUUACGGGAGCAUAUGAGAGGCCAUCCAUCCCAGCCUGGGUGAUCCUGGAGGGUUUCCCAGGGUUGUGAUAUGUGGCAGGCCUACUCAUGGGUGGGAAGGGAGGAGGGCCACUUGGCUGGACCUUGUAUCCCUGAAGGACCACACGUGUAAUUUUUGAUAUUAUUUCCAAAAUCAGGUUUUAUACAUAGCCAUUGUAUACUUUUAGUGUGAAAAACAUUAAUAUAUUAUAUGCAAACAUUUAAAUAUAGUACAAUGUUUUUAA